AAACGUACCGCAGUUAAAAGUCCACUCACUUCUGAUUGCGGAGCCGCGAGAACCUCGGCGAUAUGGAGCUCGACUACACGGGGACGUGGGACAUGGUCAGCAAUGUCAACUUUUCGGGGUACAUGAUUGCUCUUGGCAUCGACUUCGCCACCCGCAAAGUGGCCGGCGUGCUGAAGCCUCGCAAAGUCAUUGAGCAAGACGGCGAUCGAUUCAGCAUCAGGACGCUCACCAGCUUCCGGAACUACGACAUCGCCUUUAAGAUCGGGGAGGAGUUCGACGAGGACAACAAGGGGAUGGAUAACCGCAUGUGUCAGAGCACGGUCAACUGGGACAACGGCAAGCUGGUGUGUGUUCAACGAGGGGAAAAGAGGAACCGAGGCUGGACUCACUGGAUUCAGGAAAAUCAACUUCAUUUGGAACUUACCUGUGAGGAUCAAGUCUGCAAGCAAGUUUUCAAAAGGACACUCUGAGUGUUUUUGUAUCUAAAUCGUAUAAUUAAAUAUUAUAUGAUAAUUAAAGAAAUCUAUAUUUUUGGAAAUACAUUUCUAACGGCUUAUCCACAUACGUAACUCAUACAAGUGAAAGCUUCAAGUUUUUUUUAUGUCUGUAAUUCUAACUCCCACCACAUGGUGCUGCUGUGAAAAGUAUUAAAAGGAAAUCCACUACUUAAAUCGUUGGCUGGGAUUUCUUGAAUUGUGCCGCGAAAUAAACACAAACAACAUGGC